CGUUCGCGUGGAUGUUUUUGUUUUUGUGGGGCUAUUUUUAAGAAAAUAAUAAAGGAGGUUAGGACGACACUUUGUUACGAUGGGUAGAACAGUUGUUGCUGAAAAAUAUUUAGAGUCAGAAGUCAAGACACUUGUGGGUUCUGGAGCGAAGUAUGGUCUCAUUAUUGGUCAGAACACCACAGGCCGGGCAGUUGUGGCCCAUCUAUGCUGCACACCACCUUCCGAGGCAGCCAGUGAUUCUCCAGUGAAUGACUCUUGGAUCGCCAAACAUGCCAAGCAGGUCAUUCAGCUGCUGCCCGGUGGUAUGGAUAUACUCGGUCUGUUCGUUGUGGCCUCCCCGGACCUCUUCAAGUCACACGAGACUCAGCUGCGCUCGGCUCUCACUGCCAUCUAUCGGGCGCUAGAGAAACUACCGCAGCUGCACGAUACGGAGACUGACGAAAGGCUCGUGGCACUGCUCGAUCCGAGGACCAAAAAGGUGACAUGCCGCUCGCUGGAGCUCUCCAGCCUGACCUCGUCCCUCCGACCGGCCGAGUGGCGGUUCCAGGAGGUGCGCUGGCACCGCGCGCAGAGCGCCCUCUCUGUUCAGGUGACAGCCGGAGUGGGCGUCCUGGCGGCCGAGACCAGUCUGCUGCGACAGGUUAUGACGUCUCUAGAGCCGUUUCUCUCGUCCCUGGCGGACGCCAGCUGUCUCGUCGACGGAAAACUGGUCGACGGAGACGCUCUCCUGUCGGGAGAUGACGAGAAACCGGGAAAAUCAGCCGGAAAAACGUUCGCCUUCGAUCUACUCUAUGACACGACGAAGACGCCGCCUAGCGAGCAGCUGCUGGAGCCGGUGGAGGCCGUCAUCAGGAUCAACGGGAGGAUCCACUGUCUGGCCUAUCUACCACCAAGGCCACGGUGA